AUGGACAUUUCGUUUGUUUGCAUUCCAUCAACAUAAUUUCACCACAAAGGUCACGAAUAAUUGCGUUUUGUAUUCUCAGUAUUCAUUGAUUGCCGGUCUGAUCAGUAAAUUCGUUUAUAAUAUUUACCGGAGCUCACCAAUAACGUUUUGAGUAAUUGAUCAGGGACUCGAUACUUCCAGUCGACCGUUAUCCGUUUUAAGAAGAAGACACUAGGGUAUUUAUAUGCAACGGCAUUCAACACCGAAGUCUGUGUCAUAAGAGUGAUAUUGUGGCUGAAAUUAAUGAAUUGGUUAGCGACAUUUUAGUAAACAAUGGCAAUGGAAACAUUUGCUACUCCCUUCCCACACGGAUUUAUAUACGGAGAAUAUGGUGUGGGUGUCGUGCCGAAAUCAGUCGACGAAUUAGACAUGAUUCGACUUAGUAUUAGCAUCCGAGAAAAGCCAAAUUGGUCGGAUAAGAUGAAUGAUCCGAUUAUCGUCGCUAAAUGGAAAGCUGAAAUAGCCGACAGUAUGAGCCAGAGCGACAAAAAAUUCGAUUAUGUUUUGGCUGAGCUGAGCCAUUAUUUGUCCAUAAAAGACGGUUCAAUUGAAGUCGCUGCCGUGGAUGGCACAUGGCAAUCGGAUACGUUAAUCGAUAAUGAAUUACGCAAAACGUUUAUCGAAGAAGUGAGCGAUUUAGAAAAUGUUCCGGAUUCGGAGAAGGAUUGGCAUCCAGGCUCAAACAAUCAAGUGUUAGAUUUGGUUCAUCCGUCGCUGUUUUGUUUUGUUGCUGGAAGGACAAGAGUUACAUCAAAACCAAUGCCAUCUUUUUGUCCUGAGAAACUACUGAAAUUCGCGGAUAGCGACGAAUAUCUACCUUUAGAUGACGGAUUAAAAUUUGCCCUCGAACCAACGGCAUCACUACCCGGUUACACAAAAUCAGCGAAAUUCCAAUGGUUACCAUCCGAGUUUCAUGUUGACGAGUCGGGAGGGGUGAAAAUCGAUUCCUACAUCAACAAUUUACACCCCGAAUGCUAUACGAAACUGUACCAAUGCAUCGAGAAAAUAUUCGAAAAGUUUGUGCCGAUGUUCAACAAGGUGCUGACCGACUUAAGAAAUCCUCGGAAAAAUCGAGUCGAGAUCAAUUAUGACGACACUUUUGAGUAUGGAGAAGAGAGAGAAAAUGAAGAAGCCGAACGUAUCAGAAAACCGGUAAAACUUCCCCAUUUUGAACCACCUCCGGCUCCCGAGAAAAUUGUUAAAUUAAAUGGAAGAGAUCUGCAAGUCAUUGUUAAGCUUGCCAACAUUCAUCUUACUCCUGAUCAGCCAGAAUACCCAGGCGGUUCGUGGCACAUCGAAGGUAUGGCUAAUGAAAGGAUUGUCGCAUCGGGAAUCUAUUACUAUUCAUCGAAUAACAUAACAGAAUCUCGCUUGAAUUUCCGACAUGCCGUCCGAGAGCCCGAUUAUGAACAGUACGAUCACGAAGGAGUUGAUCUAAUCUACAAAUUGCAAAAUGAAGAAGGCCUGAACCAGUUUCUCGGUUCGAUUAUUACAAAAGAGGGCCGGUGCAUUGUUUUUCCAAACACUUUGCAACAUCAGGUGGCUCCAUUUAAGCUUGAAGACUCAACCCGUGACGGUCACCGAAAGAUUCUGGUAUUCUUCUUGGUUGAUCCUUCGGUGAAAAUACUGUCAACUUCACAAGUGCCUCCGCAACAAAAAUCAUGGUUCAAGCAAAGUGUUGAGAGCCCAGAUGUUAGAUUUCCUGUCGAGCUGGUUCACAAAAUUGUUGGUUUCAUGGAAUGGCCAAUGGAACUGGAUGAAGCCAAGCGACACAGAGAUGAAUUGAUGAACGAAAGGAAAGUUUUUGUCGACAAAUCGAACCAGGAAUAUUUUGAGCGUCCGUUCUAUUUAUGUGAACAUUAGAAACAAGUCGGGAAAUAUGGAGCUUUCAGUGUGAAUUCAAUUCAAACUGUGUAAAGUGCACUCGGUUCAGCGAACCAAAACGUAUUUUUUAUUAGGAAUAAAGGAGAAAUUGUUUUAAUUUC